AUGACACAUUCACCGACCUCGCCGUCCUCACCAGAGGAUGCCGCGGAGAAUACCGCAGAUGAGGAGGAUUCUGAGGAUUACUGCAAAGGCGGUUACCACCCGGUAACCAUCGGGGAGAAGUUCAAGGACGGGAAGUACACAGUUGUGCGGAAGUUGGGUUGGGGCCACUUCUCGACGGUUUGGCUGUCAAGAGACAACGUUUCGGGGAAACAUGUCGCCCUCAAGGUCGUACGGUCGGCCGCCCACUACACCGAAACCGCUAUAGACGAGAUCAAGCUCCUCAACAAAAUCGUCCAAGCCAACCCGAACCACCCAGGCCGGAAGCACGUCGUCAGUCUGUUGGAUUCAUUCGAGCACAAGGGCCCGAAUGGCACCCACGUCUGCAUGGUGUUCGAGGUGCUUGGGGAAAACCUGUUGGGACUGAUCAAGAAGUGGAAUCACAGAGGCAUACCGAUGGCCCUCGUCAAGCAAAUCACAAAACAGGUGCUUCUGGGGUUGGAUUAUCUGCACCGGGAGUGCGGCAUCAUUCACACCGACUUGAAGCCCGAAAAUGUGCUUAUUGAGAUCGGCGACGUCGAGCAGAUUGUGAAGCGGGUGGUAAAGAGCGAAACCAACGACAAGGAGAAUAAUAGGAACGGCCGCCGGCGGCGGAGGACGCUCAUCACAGGCAGCCAGCCGCUGCCUUCACCCUUAAACGCGAGCUUCAACGCCAACUCGCUAUUCCCGUCUCCUGGUUCACACAGCCUGGGGCAGAUGUUGCACGAUGGUAACAAGUCGAAAGAGCCGUCGCCGAAACCGGAUACGGGCAACCCGGAGGAGAACCAGAAACAGAGGGAAAAGACGGCCGACAUCUUGACCAGAGAAGUCUCGGGGAUCUCGCUGGACAAGGCCACAACACCGUCGAACACAGGGGAGAAGCGCAAGGCCGAUGAUAUGCAGGCGUGCGAUAUCAUCAGCGUCAAGAUUGCCGACCUCGGUAACGCUUGCUGGGUCAACCACCACUUCACCAACGACAUCCAAACACGCCAAUACCGUUCCCCCGAGGUCAUCCUAGGUGCCAAGUGGGGGGCGAGCACAGAUGUAUGGAGCAUGGCAGCCAUGGUCUUCGAGCUCAUCACGGGCGACUACCUGUUCGACCCGCAGUCGGGCACCAAGUACGGCAAGGACGACGACCACAUCGCGCAGAUCAUCGAGCUGAUGGGGCCCUUCCCCAAGUCGUUGUGCCUGUCGGGCAAGUGGUCGCAGGAGAUCUUCAACCGCAAGGGCGAGCUGCGCAACAUCCACCGCCUGCGCCACUGGGCCCUGCCCGACGUCCUGCGCGAAAAGUACCACUUCAAGGACGACGAGCCCCGCCGCAUCGCAGACUUCCUCACCCCCAUGCUCGAGCUCAUGCCUGAGAAGCGCGCCAAUGCCGGCGGCAUGGCCGGCCAUGCCUGGCUGGAGGAGACCCCCGGUAUGAAGGGCGUCAAGAUUGAUAAGGUCGAGGUUGGUAGUCGUGGGGAGGGCAUAGAAGGCUGGGCGAGCGAGGUGCGGAAGCGUUGA